CAAAAGACUGGAAGCCAAAUUCACAGCUACUGUGGGGAAGAGAAAAUAGAAAAGUAUCCACAAAAAGUUAUUUUUCUACAAUGCACAAAUCCUGAAUUCAAAAAGGAUAACUGUAAGGAUUAGAUAAAGAAAAACAGUAUCUGAGCAUUUAAGAAUGGUUCUGAAAACUGACUUUGUAUUUAAGUUCAACAGAAAGGAAGAAAAUGAAAUAAAGAAUGAAAGUAUCAGUAGUGGGGGUCCUCUUAGAAGGAGGAAGGCAGGAUUCUACAUUUGCCUUAGGUACCUAUUAGCUUUUCUUUGCACCUAUCACCAUGGCUGCUGCUGAGUUUUUUUGGCCAUGUGAAAAAAUUAUGAGAGCCUACAGACCUGCACAAUUCCCUUUCCGCUCUAUGCAGCAGCAUUAAAUGACACCCCUAUGCCUUCCUGACUGUGCAGUUCAAGAAUUGAUUGCACCCCAUUGUCUCUUUCUAACUUUGCAUUUUAAAUCAUGGCUUUAUUAGUGAUGACUGCAUCCCUUCCAGCAUAUAGAGAAUAAAGAUUUCUGCAGUGAAACAAUUGCUAGACCAUAGCUGACAGUCUUUCCUGCCUUAAACUGUGUCUACACCUGAACUAACAGUUGGAAAUCACCAUGGCUUACCCUUUGCUUCAAUCACUUCCCUACUUUCCCCAAGUCACAGGAAUUCUGGAGGAGUCUGACCAUUACUCUUCCUUGUCUAAGCUCAUGUCAGUCUACCAGGCAACCAACAGGACAGCCUUCAAUUGGACAGACAGCCGGAUUGUUGAGUGGGAGAAGUUUGCUGAGCUGGCCAAGUAUGAACCAGAGUCCCAGAAACCCACAGUGAAGGCUCUCCUGAUUGUGGCAUACUCAGUCAUCAUCAUCAUGUCCCUCUUUGGCAACACGCUGGUCUGCCACGUGGUGAUCAAAAACAAGAGGAUGCACUCAGCCACCAGCCUCUUCAUUGUCAACCUGGCAGUGUCUGAUAUCAUGAUCACUCUGCUCAACACUCCUUUUACGCUAGUUCGGUUUGUGAACAGCACUUGGGUCUUUGGAAAGGCCAUGUGUCAUAUCAGCCGCUUUGUCCAGUACUGCUCCCUCCAUGUUUCCACGCUGACACUAACAGCCAUAGCCCUGGACAGACAUCAGGUCAUUCUGAAUCCACUAAAGCAAAGGAUGUCACUAACAAAAGGAGCUCUGAGCAUUUCUGUUAUCUGGCUAAUGGCAACAUGCUUCUCCCUACCCCAUGCUAUCUACCAGAAGCUUUUCCAGUAUCACUACAGGGAAGCUACCAUCAGGAGCUUGUGUCUCCCUGAUUUUCCUGAGCCUGCAGAGCUGGUUUGGAAAUACCUGGACCUUGCUACUUUCCUCCUGCUCUACCUCCUGCCUCUGCUUAUCAUCACCAUCACCUACACACGCCUAGCCAAGAAGUUAUGGCUGCGCAAUGCCAUUGGGGACAUCACCACACAGCAGUACAUCACCCACCACAAGAACAAAAAGAAGAGCAUCAAAAUGUUGAUGCUGGUGGUGGUAGUCUUUGCUGUCUGCUGGUUCCCUCUCAACUGCUAUGUGGUGCUUAUCUCCAGCCUAGGCAUCAAGACCAAAAACUCACUCUAUUUUACUCUGCAUUGGUUUGCCAUGAGCAGCACCUGCUACAACCCCUUCAUUUACUGCUGGCUGAAUGAGAGCUUCCGUUCAGAGCUCAAGUCCUUACUCUGUAUGAGCCAGAAAAUGCCACGGACACAGGAGAAUGUGCUGCCAGCCGUGAUCUUGCCCUAUCGGGAGGCCUGGAUAGAGCAAGCCAGGUACAAGCAGGGACCGUCCUCACAGAGCAUUCGCUCCACCAUAAAUGUGCAGACAGUCAACACAGAUUUGUGAGCUGGAGUGUCAAGGUGAGUUGGCUGGAUUUCGUAGCAAAGGUCAUUUUCUGUAAUGCAUUGUCAAAGUCAUCAGGGUGCUCUAUAGGAUUUGGUCUGGAAUAGCAUUUUUACAUGGCAUUUCAGUGCCACCAAAAAUGCAUUUGCUGGGCACAGGGAACUGAAUUUACCAUUCUAGCUUUUAUUUAUUUAUUUCUAUCACAUUAGUGCCCAAAGAACCCAUUUUGCAAGGCAGAAAUACAUUUUGAAGAAAAGCUUCCUGGCUCAAUCUCUAAAUAAAACAUUAUGAAAAUGUAGGGAGUCACACAGGGGUACAGACUGGUUCAGUGUCCUUGGUCCUAGAACAGUGCAGUGCUGGAACUGGGAACAGAAUCCCGGUCUCCUGGUUCUCAUUCCUAGUCCUGUCUGGGUUAUGAUCCUAUAACUAACCUUGAAUAUUCAUACAGUAUCAUAGAUAUUGGUGGCAACAAUACUGUAAAAUUAAAGGGAUAUUUAAUGUAUUUUG